AUUUGGUAUUAAAAAAAAAAAAACGUUUAAUUCCUCACAAGUUUUUUGUCUGAUCUGCCUGUCAUUAAGGCCUGAGCACAUUCAUGUGAUUAAAUUAACGUAUACCAGGGUGUUCUAGUUCUGGAAUUAAAAAGAAGAGUUGUUUGUUUCUUCACUUCUUGGUUUGUGGAGGUGUCACGAGUGCGUCAGCUUUUGCCGGUCUUUGUUGUUGUUGUUGUUGUUGUUGUUGUUGUUGUUUCUGAAAAGCGGCUUUAAUCUCGAAUUUUGCCAUGGCUACCAGAGGAUUCGUUUUAUAUCUGCUGUCAGGUUUCUCAGUAGCCAUUGUUUCCGUACUGUUCAUCAACAAGAACAACAACGUGGACCAUAAUUCAACUCUCUUGAACUCUCCAUAUUUAUCCAGCGCUGAUAAAGUUUGGCCUGAAUUGGAGUUGAAUUGGAGGCUUGUACUGGCAACGGUGAUAGGAUUUCUGGGAUCAGCAUGUGGAACGGUGGGUGGGGUUGGUGGGGGAGGCAUUUUUGUUCCAAUGCUUACUUUGAUUGUUGGAUUUGAUACCAAAUCUGCUGCUGCUAUUUCAAAAUGCAUGAUAAUGGGAGCAUCAACAUCAUCAGUUUGGUAUAAUCUUCGAGUGCCACAUCCAACUAAGGAAGUGCCCAUAAUUGACUAUGAUCUGGCUCUUCUCUUCCAGCCCAUGUUGAUGCUUGGCAUCACUGUUGGAGUUUCCUUGAGCGUCGUUUUUCCUUAUUGGCUCAUUACAGUCCUCAUCAUCAUACUCUUCAUAGGUACCUCCUCAAGGUCUUGCUAUAAGGGAAUUGCAAUGUGGAAGGAAGAGACUGUUUUAAAGAGAGAACUCACCAGGAAUCAAGAAACUCUAGUUAAUUCCAGGGGCGAACUCCUGAUAGAUACAGAGUACGACCCGUUGGUUCCAAGAGAGGAGAAAUCAGAACUGCAAAUUUUAUGUUUCAACCUAAGGUGGAAAAGGCUUUUGGUACUGGCAACAGUUUGGGUCCUUUUCACACUUAUUCAAGUCAUCAAGAAUGAUUUGGUUGCAUGUAGCACUUUGUACUGGGUGCUGUUCGGCUUUCAGUUUCCCGUAGCAGUAUUGGUUUUUGGAUAUGAAGCAACCAAAUUGUACAAAGAACACAAGAAGAGAAUGAGCACAGGGAACACUGAAGCAAUUUGUGAAGCUUCAAUUCAAUGGAGUCCUCUGAACAUUGCAUUUUGUGCACUCUGUGGCAUCUUGGGAGGCACCGUUGGGGGUUUGCUUGGUUCUGGUGGAGGAUUCAUUUUGGGUCCUCUCCUCCUGGAAUUUGGUGUCAUUCCACAGGUCGCUAGUGCAACAGCAACAUUUGUAAUGAUGUUCUCUUCAUCCUUAUCGGUAGUGGAAUUCUAUUUGCUCAAGAGGUUCCCUAUCUUCUAUGCGUUGUACUUGAUGGGGGUUUCCAUUUUGGCUGGCUUCUGGGGACAGUAUUUUGUAAGAAAAGUAGUAUCAAUCCUGAAAAGAGCUUCAAUUAUUGUAUUCAUUCUCUCUGGUGUCAUAUUUGCAAGUGCUCUUACAAUGGGAGUCGUUGGCAUUGAGACAAGCAUUCAGAUGAUACACAACCAUGAGUUCAUGGGAUUUUUAGAUUUUUGCAGCAGUCAAUGAUCAUUGACAAAAAUUUCAGAAGAUUGAAUAAGUGAUGUUGUGAGAAUAGAAAAUUUUGGAAGGAAAGCAAGAAAGCACUAGAGGAAAUUGGCAAGGAAAAUGUUGAGAUUUAAUAAACUAUAUUAGAUUUUGGCCAACACCUUGUUGACCUGCCAAAAUUUAGUGUCCUGUAAGAAUAAAUAUCUCUGUCAAGUUUGGUUUGACUGUUAGCUGCUGGCUAACACCACCAACUCCAUACAUUCAUCCGUCUGUAAAACUGUCUGUCUGUCUGCAGACUUGUCUAGUCUGUGAGUGUUAGUGUCACGGGCUUCGGUCUUACGCGGGUGCUCGGGUCCUGAUCUAGAUGGUGAUCAAGCGAGAGGUGACAUUAGCUCCUGGCUAACACACCCUUCAUUUAUCAUCCGUUACUUUCAGCUGUAGCAUUUUAAAAUUCCUUAUUGUGUAAUUGCGUAUUUAUUUAAGGUCCUCAAUAAAGAAAGGAGACAUUAUACCAGUUCCCUUUAGAUCAGUACAACCAUGGAAAUUCAGAUAUGGAAGAAUAAAUUUUGUGUAAGAAAAAAAGAGUUAUACGAGUUACAUGAUUGAUAAUAGAAAAAUAACGAGGAAACGAAACAAAGAAAAGUAUUAC